CCGCCCCGCCGCCGCCCGGCAGCCGCAGACCCGCCGCCCGGCAGCAGCAUCCGCAGCAGCAGCGAAGGCAUCAUGUGCGGUAUCUUUGCUUACCUGAAUUACCAUGUUCCCCGGACCAGACGGGAGAUCUUGGAGACCUUAAUCAAGGGGCUUCAGAGACUGGAGUAUCGAGGGUAUGACUCCGCAGGGGUGGGAAUCGAUGGCGGGAAUGACAAAGACUGGGAGGCCAACGCCGGCAAGAUCACGCUCAUUAAGAAGAAAGGAAAAGUGAAGGCUUUGGAUGAAGAAGUCAACAAACAGCAGGAUCUGGAUCUGGACAUUGAGUUUGAUGUGCACCUUGGAAUCGCUCACACACGCUGGGCCACCCAUGGCGAGCCUAGUCCGGUCAACAGCCACCCGCAGAGAUCAGACAAAAACAACGAAUUUAUUGUCAUCCACAAUGGAAUAAUCACAAAUUACAAAGACCUGAAAAAGUUCUUGGAGAGCAAGGGCUACGAAUUCGAAUCAGAAACUGAUACCGAAACCAUCGCAAAACUUGUCAAGUACAUGUAUGACAACUGUGAAAGCGACGACAUAAGCUUCACCACCUUGGUGGAGAGGGUCAUCCAGCAGCUGGAGGGGGCCUUCGCUCUGGUCUUCAAAAGUGUUCAUUAUCCUGGCCAGGCGGUGGGCACAAGAAGGGGAAGUCCUCUGCUCAUCGGCGUUCGGAGUGAACACAAGCUUUCCACCGAUCACAUCCCAAUUUUGUACCGGACAGGCAAAGACAAGAAGGGCACUUGCAGUCUAUCUCGCAUGGACAGCACCACCUGCCUCUUUCCCGUGGAAGAGAAAGCUGUGGAGUAUUACUUCGCCUCCGAUGCCAGUGCUGUGAUCGAACACACCAACAGGGUGAUUUUCCUGGAGGAUGACGACGUGGCAGCCGUAGUCGAGGGCCGCCUCUCCAUCCAUCGCAUCAAGAGAAAUGUUGGGGAUCACCCUGGCCGGGCGGUUCAAACCCUCCAGAUGGAGCUCCAACAGAUCAUGAAAGGUAACUUCAGUUCAUUCAUGCAAAAAGAAAUCUUUGAGCAGCCAGAAUCUGUCGUGAACACCAUGAGAGGAAGAGUCAACUUCGAUGACUACACAGUGCUGUUGCUGCUUUCAUUGUAUAUUCUGUUUCUUCCUUUCCCCUCUAUCCUCCUCCCUGCGUCACUCGCCCAGACUCGCCAAGUCCUCGAAGAACUGACCGAACUUCCCGUCAUGGUGGAGCUGGCCAGUGACUUCUUGGAUCGAAAUACUCCUGUCUUCCGAGAUGAUGUCUGCUUCUUCAUCAGCCAGUCAGGGGAGACGGCCGACACCCUGAUGGCCCUUCGGUACUGCAAGGAGAGGGGAGCCCUCACCGUGGGCAUCACCAACACCGUCGGGAGUUCCAUUUCACGGGAGACGGACUGUGGGGUGCAUAUCAACGCAGGCCCAGAGAUUGGGGUGGCCAGCACAAAGGCCUACACAAGCCAGUUUGUCUCCCUCAUCAUGUUUGCGCUCAUGAUGUGUGAUGACAGAAUUUCGAUGCAAGAACGGCGGAAAGAGAUUAUGCGAGGCCUCAAGUUGCUGCCAGGCCUGAUCAAAGAAGUGCUGAGCAUGGACGAUGAGAUCCAGAAAUUGGCCACCGAGCUCUACCACCAGAAGUCCGUCCUCAUUAUGGGCCGGGGAUAUCACUACGCCACCUGCCUAGAAGGGGCCCUGAAAAUCAAGGAGAUCACCUACAUGCACUCGGAGGGCAUCUUGGCCGGUGAGCUGAAGCACGGGCCCCUCGCCCUGGUGGACAAGCUGAUGCCCGUCAUUAUGAUCAUCAUGAGGGACAACACCUAUGCCAAGUGCCAGAAUGCUCUGCAGCAGGUCAUGGCACGCCAGGGGCGGCCUGUUGUGAUUUGUGAUAAGGAAGAUAUCGAGACCAUCAAAAAUAACAAGCGAACCAUCAAAGUCCCCCAUUCGGUCGACUGUCUGCAGGGCAUCCUGAGCGUGAUUCCUUUACAGCUGCUGGCAUUCCAUUUGGCUGUUCUGCGAGGCUACGACGUUGACUUUCCAAGAAACCUGGCCAAAUCUGUGACGGUUGAAUGAGGGGCUCGCCCAAGGUUGACAAAAGAGAUCCCCUCCCCCCCAAUCUCCUCCUUCACUUUUGGUACCGAAAAACGCUGAUUUUAAAACCUUUCUCCCGUGAUCAAUUCUUACUUCCAUUAUAGAAAAAAAAUCUUUAUACUGUAAUUGUUGCAUUUGUGAUAGUUGAGGAGCUGAAUCCACGAAGCUCCUGGUAGCAUUGUCCAGUGGCAGCGAAGUCAAGAGUACUGGGUUUUUUUUCUCCCUUUUUAAAAAAAACAACAACCAAAAUCUGUUUAUUGUAAAAUCCUCAUCAGUUAUAUAAAAUUGCAUUGUUUCCUAGUUAUCUCUAGGAUGUUGAGAGGGUGGAGCUCGUACAAGGAUAUGGAAAUGAAAUUGCAUACAACAGAGAAGGGCUCCAAUAUCGGCUGCCUUCUUUCCCAUAAGUGCUCUGUUGUCACCAUUGGGAGAAUCUGGGUGAACUUUUUUUUGGCUCCAAGGUUUCUGUUGGCGAGUGUAUUUCCACCCUCCUCACCUCCCAAUUAGUCCACAUGUGUGCAACCCCAGACACCUGUUCUGUGAGCAUUCCCCUUUGCAGCCCAUUCGUGGUGGGUGGAUCGUCUAUCCCUCCUCGGUUGCACAGGCCUGCAUUUUGGAAUUUGGCCUCACGCCUUCAGCCCUGCAAAAGGGGGUGAAAAUACCUCCCCCCCCCGUCCGUAAACAGAGGUCUACAUAGCUGCUCCUUCCGAUGUGAAGGCCCUGUGCCAGGCCUUUAAUGGGAGUCCAGUCAAACGACUGCAGGUUGACUUAGCCUUGGCAUUUUUUUUUAAGUGAGGAGCUGAGAAACCCCUUUUCUCCGAAGAAGGUAAAAGGUUUUUCAAGGAAUUUAUUUUUCAGUGCAUCGAAGAGAAAUGCUAGCCUUUGAAGUUGCAAUGAGAGGGGGACAAGAGGUAUGCCUUGAACCAGUGUGGCUGAAUGAGAAAUGGGCUGGGCAGCUCUUGAGUCCUUCUCCCAUUUCCCUUCAUCUGGGAAGGCAUCUGGAGGUCUCCAGGGAAUCUCGAGAACCAGGGACGAACGAGGGAGUUGUGUCUUCCAUCUGGAUGUAUUUUCGGUCUGCUCUGCAUAGCGUUCCUAUUCCUGAUAAAAAGAGGGAAAAAUGCUGGCGGAUGUUGAAUUGGAGCCACUGUGAGAAAUGACUGGUGCAUUUUUGUAUUUCAAUCACCCCACCCACCAUCCCCCAGUGCUUCUCCAGUUUAUUAGAAAUGUGCAGAAUUCCCUUCAAUCCAAAUAGAUUUGC